AGGGUAUUUCCAGAUGCUUGGAUACAUCAGGAACAGAUGGGAAAGAUAAACAGCCUUGCGCAGAGAAGACAUCUCCACAGUCCGAUCCAGCGACUUGCAAACUGAACCAGUGCACUGCGUUUAGUUUGUUCGGCACAGAUUUCAGAUACAGCAGAGCAGAUAUGUAUAUUAUAACUAUCGUGGCACUGCCUUUUUUUGGUAUAAUCUCUGAGGGUAUCAGUCUGGGGGAUUGGGGAGGGAUUAAGCAUUGUCGAUGCGUCAGCAAAGAGAAAAAGCCAAUUGGACGUUACAUAGGAAGGGUGGAGGUGAAUCCUGCAGGCCCCCACUGCAAAGAUAUAGAGAUUAUUGCCACUCUUAAAACGGAUGGGCAGCAGAUUUGUCUGGACCCCAAUGCUCCUUGGGUCAAAAGAGUGCUCAAGAGGAAAUCGACAGGGCAGAGACCUUGAAGAACAAACCUUCACAGAUUUAGCGGAGAGGGAAAGAGAACCAUUUUGUUACAAUUGUAUCACCACUAAAGUUCAAAUUGGUAUCAUGGACUGAACUGAUGGAGCCCAAGAAACAUGUGUGGCAGCUGAGGUACUCAAAACAUUGUGCUUAGAUCUUCUACCCAACUUUUCAAUUUAUUGUGUGACAGUAAGAAAUAGGCAUGCUGACACAAGUGUAUAUUUUCUUAUUUGUUUGUAAUCAAUAAAAAACUUGAAAUGCCA